ACAUAAUUAUUAUCAUCAUUCUUAUAAGCCUGCACUAAACAUUGGCUUUACUUGAAACUGUGGUCAGUUAAACCGCAGAGAGAGGCAUAGAAGGAAAACAUGGGGAGAGCUCCUUGCUGUGACAAAGCCAACGUGAAGAGAGGUCCAUGGUCGCCUGAAGAAGACCAAAAACUCAAAUCUUACAUCGAAGACCACGGCACAGGUGGCAACUGGAUAGCUUUGCCCCACAAAAUAGGUCUGAAAAGGUGCGGCAAAAGUUGUCGUCUCAGAUGGCUGAACUAUCUUCGACCGAACAUCAAACACGGGGGUUUCUCAGAAGAAGAAGACAACAUAAUUUGCAGCCUUUAUGUUAACAUUGGAAGCAGGUGGUCAAUUAUAGCAGCACAAUUACCAGGGCGCACGGAUAAUGACAUAAAGAACUAUUGGAACACUAAGCUGAAGAAGAAGCUACUGGGGAAGCAAAGGAAGGAGCAUCACGCUCAAGCUCCAAGAGUUGGUGGCCUAAAACAAGAGAUCAAGAGAGAGAGUGAAGAUUUGAUGUUACCUGUGGGAGUUAUUAGCCGAACUCCUCAUUGGCCACAUGAACAGAAUUCUUGGCCCAUUCCAGUGCCAAAUGCUUACUCUGAUCUCAACAACCAACAAUCAUCGAUCGUACACAUCCCUGACAGAACGGUCACUGCCACCAUGAACUCACAAUACUCAUCAUUUCACACUUCCUUAAUAACACAAGACCAGCUAUAUCCCUCCACAGUGAACAUGAUCACCACGGACACGUGUCACACAUCAAAUGUGUUUCAAGGGUUUGGGAACUUCUCCAGUGAUUUGGCCUGUGUGAACCCGCAACAAAUAGAUGGAUCAGAACGGUUUAUGUAUGGAAUGGAGUCAAUGGAAAUUGGCAAUGGUAGCACAAACACGACUUCAACGGAAAGCACUAGUUGGGGAGAUAUAAGCUCUUUGGUUUACCCGCCUUUGGUUUCUAACUAUGAAGCUUGCCAACAAAGAAUAAUACCUCAAGAUGUUACUUUCGAGGGGUCUAGUUACUUCGCGAUGCAAACUCAAUAACAACUCCCUACCUGGGGUUUUUUCUAUAAAUUUUAUCGUUAUAGCUCAGAAAAAAUGUAUCCAACAAAACCCUAAAGAGUUCACUUUAGCUUAGAAAUUUUCUCCUUUUUUUUUGUUGUUUCUUGUUUUGUUCCAACUGCUUGUAACUUCGAAUAGCCGCGUUAAGAUUUUUUUGAAUAAAUUUCCCCCGCGUAUUCUUAGAA